AACGAUUCUAUAUUAGCGCAUAAAAUGGUAAUGACAAGAGAGAAAAAGAAAAUAAAAAAAUAAAAGGAAAAAACCCCUAAAUCCCCAAAUCGUCCACGGCGGCUGUUGCGUCUUCAUCCACCGCCACCGGCCACCGGCCACCGGGUCUGCGUCACGUGAAGAUAUAGAGAUAUGGAUUUGAGUGAAUGCAGUUACUGAGUUACCAAGAGAUAGGCUAUGUCGGGAGCUCUCUCAUCGUCGUGCAUUUUCUGCCAAAUCGCCCGUGCCUCGACCCCAGCAACCAUCCUUCACCAGGACGACAAGGUGGUCGCGUUCCAAGACAUCAAUCCAUCCGCAUUGAGGCAUUAUCUGGUCAUCCCAGUCGAGCACAUACCGACUGUCAAGAAACUCCGGAGAAGGUCCGAGGACUUUGCUCUGGUCAGCAACAUGCUGGAUGUCGGCCGAGCUCUGCUGCAGAGGGACGCGCCUCAUGCUGAGCAGUACAGGUUCGGGUUCCACCAACCCCCUUUUAAUAGUGUCGAUCACCUCCAUCUGCAUUGCUUUGCACUUCCAUAUACUCCUAGGUGGAGAGCUAUGAAGUACUUGUCUUUGGGGCCAUUUGUUGGAUUCAUCGAAGCUGAGAAGCUCUUGGAGAGGAUAAAGCCACCGGCUUUUCUCUGAGGCUCUCGAUUAUGGUUUUGUCGAUGCUACACUUGGUGAACUACAUCAGAAGGCAUCAAGAUCUAUCAAAACUCAAGCAUGGCCAAUAUUGUUAGAGUUCUCCAAUUCAUUCUUGUUGCAAUUAUCAUGGUUUCAACAGUUAUGCAAUCAUCGAAUGUGGUUGAAGCUAGAGAAUUGCAGCAAGGAGUGAAAUUAGAGCUUUGCCCAUCUCGCUGCACUAAUGAUCAGCAGUGCCUUGCUAUUCCCGGAUGUGGAGUGAGAUGUUUGGCUUCACCUUCUAAGAGAAUUUGUUCCCAAAUUUAGUUUGCUGUUAAAUUUAGAUGAUUAUGAAUUAAAAUAAAGUUGUCCAUUUUAUGCUGCAAUUAUUAAUAUUUAUCGAAUCUCUUAUAUUGAUUAA